AUGGCCUCUAGACUCAGUCAGCAACACAUACUAAGUUUAUGGUACCUCAUUGAUGCUCGUAAUCAAGUGGUCGGUCGUCUAGCAACAAUGAUCUCUUUGAUAUUGCAAGGAAAAAAAAACCAAUCUACCAUCCUUCAGUGGACACUGGGUGAUCAUGUUGUAGUCAUUAAUACUAGUCAUAUUAGCUUCACUGGUCGCAAAUGGGAUCAAAAAUUAUAUGUCCAUCACACUGGAUUUCCUGGUGGUCUAAAAGAGAUUUUAGCAAAAGAUUUACAUGAAAAAGACCAUACAAAGGUAUUAAGGAAAGCUGUAAAUGAUUUACCAAAAAACAAUUUACGGAAAAAGAGAAUGAGACGUUUACAUCUCUUUCCAGAUGAGAAGGACUGCUCUCUGGAAGUCCUGGCCAAGUACUGCUGUAAAAGAGCACUCUGGUGUGAAGAAUCUUUAGAGAAGAAAGCUGUAACUGUCAUGGCUGCCAUCUGUGUCCGCUGCUAUGUAGGAAGGAGACUUUCACCGGAGUGUUGA